CAGCAACUGGACCUGCUCGACGAGGCAAACAACUCGCUCUUUGCGGCGGAGUUUCACAAGCGGCGCCUCGGUAUUCAACGGGCAAUGGCGACGGAGGAAAAUCGGCUGUACGGAAUGAAAAGGGCGGAUGGCAAGCGCGGCGGCCCCAUGCCUGUGUACAACAAGCGGGCGGAGCUGAAUCGUGUUUUGCGCGAAGGAGAUGCAGUCAUUGUCACGGCUGGGACGGGGUGCGGAAAGAGUACACAAGUCCCACAGUAUCUCGCCGAUGAUCUUCGCAGCCUGGUGGCAUCGAAGGAAGGCAGCAGCGGCGACCCCGAUCGUUCGUUUCGCGUAUGCUGCACACAGCCACGUCGCCUAGCCGCGCAGUCCAUCGCGCAACGGGUGGCGCAGGAGUACGGGACGGAAGUGGGAAAACUGGUUGGGUUUCGUGUCGGCAACCGCGGCUCAGAGAAAACGGCAAGCUCCAAGCAGAUCUCGAGGGAAACUGUCAUCGAGUUUGCCACCGAGGGACUGCUUUUGCACCAGCUAUCACGGUCGCCUGAUAGCAUCGCAAACUACGACUGCAUCAUCAUUGACGAAGCGCACGAGCGUAACAAAGAAACCGAUUUGCUCUUGACUAUUUGCCGCAAUCACCUGCGAAAGUCUGAUCGCAAACCCUUGAAGGUGGUAGUCAUGUCGGCAUCGAUCGAUCCGUCACGCUUCUGUGCCUACUUCGACAACUGUGCGACAGUGGACUGCCCGGGAAAAAACUUCCCUGUGGAAGAGAUUUAUCUCCCCAUCGAAGUAGCGUCGUCUCCCGGUGAGAAUCAUAGCGGGUCCUUUGAUAAUUUGGUCGAGCAUGCGGUGGAAGUUCUUUUUGAGGAGAUCGUAGGCAAGCGGGCCGAAGAGAAAGGGGACGUGCUGAUCUUUCUGGCUGGGGCAAAACCCAUUAGCGAGUGUGUGCAGAGCAUUAAAAGUCGGGCUAUGGAUGAGGGGCUCGAUGACCGCGUGGUUGCUUACCCGCUUUACGCCAGUAUGCCAGAGGAGGACAAGGAUCACGCAAAAGACCCGGAGCACCGAACUGGACUCGUUGAGCGAGACCCUGACGACAUCGGCACCAGCGUUGGAAAGACGAAGAAGAAAAAACCACGACUGCCUUCAGUAGCGACGUACCGACGUAAGGUGAUUUGUUGCACCAACAUCGCGGAGACGUCUCUGACCAUUGACGGGGUAUGCUUUGUAUUGGACGGUGGAACGUCGAAGCAGCUGUCUUACAACCAUGACCUUCGAUGCAGCGCCCUGCGUGAAGAGAGGAUUUCGCAGGCCUCAGCGAAGCAGAGGCGCGGGCGAGCGGGUCGAACGCGGCCUGGAGUAUGUUUUUAUCUGUACUCGAAAGAUACACACGAAAAUGUGAUGCCGGACUACGACCAGCCACAGAUCCUUCGCGUAUCCGUCGACUCGCUCGUGCUGUAUGCCUUACACGUUCAAGGUUGCAGUAUCGAGGAUCUCGGUUUGUUGGACUGUCCAACGGAAGCACACAUAGCUGCAGCGAAGCAGCGGCUUCUCGACUUGCGGAUGGUGCAACUGAAGGAAGAAAAUUUUGUUUUGUCGCGUUUG